UAGGAGAAACGUAGCCACCAAAAUCACAAAGCGAUCGCUGUGGAAACCCCAUAGAAUUGAAAAAACUGCAGCCGCGUGGUGACCCGUCGAAUCAAGAAUUCUAUUCAGGUUACAUACGCAACUUUUGGUGAUCAAGUAACCGGGUCCUAUCGAUCAUAUAAUGGGUACAUUGCAAGAAAGAUUGAUUCUGUUCAACAAACAACAAGAGAAAUGCCAACUAGAUGCAUGCUUGGUAUCAAACAUUAAAACCGCGACAACUACAACAAGACCUGCUAGCAACAACAGCAGCUUGUCGAAAGCACCUGUUCCCGGGGCUAAGUUCUCUGAAGAAACGGAAAGGUGGCAACGUAUCCUUAGGAUAAGGAAGAGUCCUGUUGGAGUUCAAAUUAAAAUAGUGAUUGAUAAACUGUACGAGUCAAGAAAAUCCUUUACGGCUGAGGAAAUAACCAAAGCAACUGAUGUUGAUGUAAAAGGCAACAAGGAGGUCUUUGAUAGUUUGAAAAACAACCCAAAAGUGAAUUAUGAUGGAACCCGUUUCUCUUACAAGCCGACCCAUACUGUGAACGAAGACAAGAAUGCACUUCUUCGUUUGAUAAAAGAAAAGUGUGUGGAAGGUGUGGAAGGUAUAGCAGUUGCUGAACUUAAGGAUGCCUACCCAAAUGUCAUGGAGGACUUAAAAGCCCUAAAAGCUGACAAACAGAUUUGGCUACUAUCAAACUUGGAUUCUCGGCAAGAAAUAGCCUACCCGAACAAUUGUGAAAAAGAUAUAAUCAAGGUUCAUGAUGAACUGAAAAAACUAUUCAGGGGGAUUGAAUUGCCACAAGAUAUGGAGGGGAUCGUGGAAGACUUGGAAAAGCAUAGGAUCAAGCCUAUGACAAAUAUCAAGAAAAGGAGAGAAAUGGCUCAGAAUUGUAAUGUGUCAAAGACAAAAACAGAGAAGAUCAAGAAGAAGAAGACCGGCAUCAGUAAAAGGACAAAGCUCACUAAUACUCAUCUUCCUGAACUCAUUGAUCGUCUUAAGCAAGAGAACUUUACGUAACUGUAUAUUGUUGAUACACUUUGGUGUAUGCAUCUCUUUUUGGAAAAUGCAUGGAUAAAUUCGAUUGAAUUA